AUGCCGGAAUCUUACGGCACGCCGCAGGCGGCCGACGCCGCUAAGGCGGUUGCGGACAAGGCACCGGAAGAUUCCCCAGGGAAGUCGCUGCUGGAGAAGCCGCUUCACCACCUCACUGAAGAUGACGUUGCGCAGCUCACCCGAGAAGACUGCCGCCGCUAUCUCAAGGAGAAAGGGAUGAGGAGACCUUCGUGGAACAAAUCACAGGCAAUUCAGCAAGUGAUAAUGCUGAAGAAGCUUCUAGAAGCUGAUUCUAAAACUGGUUCGGACAAGCGGCUUAAUCACAUCGGCCAUGGCAGCUAUAAUGCUGCUAAGGAGAAUGCUCCUAAAGGUAAAAGUAGGGAUGCAGAAAUUUCUGUAUCGACAGAGGAGACUACGCUUAACCAUAUAGGUGAUUUGAACAAACCCGAUUCAUCAGAGUGUUUUUCAGGCGGUUUUGCAGACGCAAAGGAUAAGUCUGCUCGGCCAAGAACAAUAGGUACAACAGAUAUUGCAGCUGGGCAAAUGACGAUAUUUUAUGGCGGAAAGGUGAAUGUUUAUGACGAUAUGCCUGCAGAUAAGGCACGGGCGAUAAUGCACAUUGCAGCCAGUCCACUAGAGUUCUCGGAGGAGCAGCUGAAUAAUGCUAGAAUACUGCAACCUUCACUUGUACUCCCAAAAGCUCUCGGCAUGAAAAUGAACCAGAAUUCUAUAUAUGGUACCUUGCGACGUCCCCCUAUAGCGAACAUGAGGGACAACUCGCUAGCUAUUGGAGAAGAAAGUAUCAUGCUUCUUGAAGGGACCCCUGUCGAAGUUCCUUCGGGAAGAAAAGCUUCACUGCAGAGAUAUCUUGAGAAGAAGAAAGACAGGUUCAAGAGCAAGAGAAAGGGAGGAUUGAGCUCGUGUGCCAGCUUGGAUAUGUACAUUAACCAUCAAGUGUGUAAUAAGAUACGUACAAUUGACCCGCGGUGCAGUUCACUGGAGAAUGAUUCACUACAGGAUGCUUGUAUUUCGUCUGGUCCGAGUAAAACAAGUUUACAAGUGGACUCGACCUGA